GACAAAUUAACUCAAGCACUUUGUGUAAAGGCCAGUCAAGAGAUAAAGAUGCCAAACACAGCAAUAGAUAUCAACAGAGCUAUGCAGGACUUCAGGCGCACUGGUAACUUUCCAAGAGUGAUAGGUGCCAUUGAUGGAACCCACAUUCGCAUCAAGGCCCCAGAGGAAAAUGAAGAGAUUUAUGUCAAUCGGAAACAAUUCCACUCCCUAAAUGUACAGGCUGUGUGUGACACCAACAACAAGAUCAUCAGCUACGACGCCAAUUACCCAGGGAGCACACAUGAUUCCUUUAUAUGGUGCCACUGCUCCCUUAAGCAGCGGUUCCUUGCUGGUCAUUUUGGAGAUGCUCUUUUGAUACACAGUGGGUAUCCUCUGGAGCCAUUCCUGAUGACCCCAGUUGUACACCCGACAACACCUGGGGAGGAACGCUACAACCAGAGUCAUCGACGGACAAGAUGCGCUGUUGAGCGGACGUUUGGGAUCCUCAAGUCAAGGUUCAGGUGCCUACACGAGUCAGGAGGAAGUUUCCAGUACGACCCCGAGGAGACUGUGAAGAUUGCGACUUCUUGCAUGCUCCUGCACAACUACUGUGUGGAUCGUCGCAUUCCCUAUGUUGGUGAUCUUGUGCAAGAAGAAGUACCAGUUCAGCCUGUGAGAGACAACACACAGGUUCCUGGUCAAGUUGUCAGGCAGGAAAUUGUUAGACACUUCUUUUCCUGA